AUGGCUGCCUUGAUGAUGAAGACUGGUUUGGAGGGGGAGCCGGCGUGCAGCUACGCCUACAGCCAGUACGCCGAGGCGUGCGCGCCGGUGCUCGCGCCGCCGCGCGGGGAGGCCGACGCGCCGGGAGCUGCCGCCGCCGCCUUCCCAGCCUCCGCCGCCACCUUCUCGGCGCGUUGGCGCUGCCCGAGCCACUGCAUCUCGGCGCUCAUUCAGCUCAACCACACGCGCCGCGGGCCUGCGCUGGAAGACUGUGACUGCGCCCAGGACGAGAACUGCAAGUCCACCAAGCGCGCCAUCGAGCCCUGCCUGCCCCGGACGAGCGGCGGCGGCGCGGGCGGCGCGGGCGCGGGCGGGGUCAUGGGCUGCACCGAGGCCCGGCGGCGCUGCGACCGCGACAGCCGCUGCAACCAGGCGCUCAACCGCUACCUGGCCCACUGUGGCAAGCUCUUCAACGGGCUGCGCUGCACCGACGAGUGCCGCGGCGUCAUCUUGGAGAUGCUGGACGUGCCCAAGGCGGCGCUGCUCAACGACUGCGUGUGCGACGGCCUCGAGCGGCCCAUCUGCGAGUCGGUCAAGGAGAACAUGGCCCGCCUGUGCUUCGGCGCCGAGAUGGGCAACGGCCAGGGCAGCAGUGGCUCGGACGGCGCCCUGGACGAUUACUACGACGAGGACUACGACGACGAGCAGCGCGCGGGCGGCGCGGGCGGCGAGCCGCCCCUGGACGACGACGAUGGCCUGCCGCGCCCGGGCGGCGGCGCUGUGGCGGCGGCUGGCCACGGGGACCUGCCCUAUGCGCCCCGGCGGAAAAACGGCGGCGGCCGCUCGGUGCCCCGAAGCGCCUGGACCCCGUUUACCUCCCUCUUGCUGCUGCUGCUGCUGUGUCGGCCCCUCUUUUAAUCCUCGUGCCCUGUGGACUUCGUGAAGGCCCGGGCCGCGCUCUCCGGCUCGCUCGCGCGGUCACGCGCGGGCACCUGUGGCCGCAGCUCGUCACGCGCCCUGGGGGCUAAAUAGAAGGGACCAUUGGGGAUACUUUCCGAAACGUUUUCAAAGUAGACUGCCUAGAUGGUUUCCCUAGCAGCCGCUUGGCAUUUUCCUGGUUCCGUUUCGGAGUGUCUGUUCUUGGACAUCCCCGCCCCCAUUGAGGUCCCCCAAAAGCCCCCAUCUCGCCUGUCUUGCAGAAACUGGCCGAGUGAAAUGGGAUUGGGGGGACCAAACCCUAGCCCGGAACUCAGAAGAAAGGGUGCCGACCAGUAGGACCUUAAGGGUUUCAAUCCUCAAGGGGACCAGGCUUGGAGCUGGGGAUUUGAAAGAUCUCUUUUGUAAAAGAGCUAACAUAUUAGCAUUUUUCCUUAACUUCUGGGCAGGGUGGAGGGAAAGUGCUGGGAUCCAUUUUCAUUGAUUGACCAGAGUGGCCAUUGAGGGCAUGGCAAUCAUAAGUCCCACUUAGCGAUUCCUUCCUUUGCACUUGGCACCAGAAUUCUCGCUGACAUUGGAGAGGAAGGGGAGGGAGUGCUUGCCUUAAUGGUGGGUGGCCAGGGGUUAGUAUUCCUGAAUUCGUUUAGGUUGACUUUCAGCCCUUGACCUUCAUUUCAUUCCAACCACUGAUCUCUUAAGACAUUUCUUUAAGGCUAAGGGUCAAAAAAAAAAAAAAGCAGACCUGAGGAGUUGCUAGUGGUGUUGAAUGAGGCAACUUUUUAAUUGAAAAGAACUCUGCCCAGUCAUCAAUGAAAAGCAAGCGCUUUCUGAUGUUUAUUGUGUUGUUAUUUUUGUUCUUUACAUCAAGAAAUCAUAUGUAAAAUAUGCGGAGAAAGUAUAUUGCCUCUGCUGCUAUCAGGGUGCUGAACCCUGGUGUAUCAUAUAUAAAGUGUAUUUAAAAUUGGGAUUUAUUACCAGUUGCUGUACUUUGUAUAUAGAAUUUUUAUAAAUUGUAUGCUUCAGAAAUAAUUUAUUUUUUAAAAAAACGUUAAAAGUUUUAAAGCCACAUGUUACCCCCGCCCCAAUGUAUAGAAUCCAUUUGCCACCAGGGAUACAAACCACAGUUCAUUGUGAAGUGUGCUCUGCUUCGAACAGUCCUCAAUGUACAGUGUAUUUUAUAGAGCUGACAUUAACAUUCUUAUUUUCAAGAGAAUCUAUGGAUAUUGUAGAAAUGUAUAAAUGCAUUUCCAAACUGCCUUAAACAUUGUAUUUUUAUAGACAACGUUUUUUAAAAGCCUGAUGCUUUAAAUAACUAUGGGUUUGUGUAUUUUUUGUAUUUGUUUCAUUAAAAAGUGUACAUCAGUAAAGUUUUAAGUAAUGGA